AUGCGAUACUCCCUUCCCUUGGGUGAUUGCCGCGGGAUCGCCACAGAUGGUGCUGCAAAUAUGGUGGGUGUGCAUAGCGGAUUAAGAACACGGAUAAAGGCGGAAUUCCCCGCUGUCCUGCACACUUACUGUGCGGGGCACGCCCUAAACCUUGUGUGCCGCCAGUCGACGGACAUCUGCGCUCCUUGUAAGGCAAGCAUUGAGCUGAUCGGACAGUUGGCCAAGCACAUUAAGAGCUCGCCGAAGAAGCUUGCCUCAUGGGAGGAGUUUGUGCAGCUACAUCGUUCACCCGACGACUCCAGAAUUGUGAAUGAUGAUUUGCUUGAAGAGUACGUCUCUUCCCAGACAGAGUCUGAUGGUUCAAGCGAUGAGGAGGCUGUGGCAGGGCCAGUUCGAGCCCAGCGACUACCCACUCUGGAAACCCUAUCGGAUACGCGUUGGUUGUGCAACGGUAGAGCGGUGAUUGCUGCCUUGGCUAACUAUGAACUCUUGUUGAGCUAUUGUAGCCAAGACGCCACUGGGGGCGACUCAGCUCUUGUUGUACUUGGUGAGAGACUCGACUCCUUCGAAACUUUCUAUUGUUUACGUGUCCUUGACGACGUUUUCAAAACGGUCUUGCCUGUCCACGCUACCGUGCAGGCACCAGGUCUAUCCAUUUGCACUGUCCGGGAUUUACUGGAGGACCUCAAGAAACGACUGUCCGAGAAAGCACAGAACUGGUCUAAGCUCGUUUCGUUCUAUCAAGACGCAGUUGAAGAUGCCCAAUCACUUGGUAUAGAUCCACCAAAGCUUCACAGAGCAGCUCGUCGAGGUCUUCGAGCAG